CGGGCUCUUUACUCUUCCUUCCUCACCCACUGCGAUUAUGCAUCGAAUAUCACAGCAAAUACGCACUGCCUCGACGUCUGCCCACCCGUUUCCAUGGCCGUCGCACUCUCGUCCAACGCCGUGGCAGAUCUUCCACCUCUCGCCAGGCGCAAGCCAGGGGGAUAUAAAGUCCAGAUACUACGAGCUCGUGCGUCUGCACCACCCCGACUCGCCGCGAUGCCGGGACGUGCCCGCGUCGGUGCGCCAUGCGCGCUUCCAGUCCGUCGCCACCGCCUACGACGUGCUCCGCGGGAGGCGGCUGUCGAUGCAGCUGGGCCCUGGCCGGACGGGGGACCCCGCGAUGGAGGAGCUGCUGCGCAGGCGGCGGUACCAGCAGAUGCGGAAUGCGGCCUGGCACGACCCCUGGGAGCAGAGCCCUGGCUAUGGUGGCGCGGCCCGGCAUAGCUGGCAUGCUAGCAGCGCGGACGAUGAAUGGAAGGACAGAGUGAUCGUAUGCGUUGGGCUACUCUCGUUGGGGCUCAGCCUUGCACCCGUAGUGAUAUGGGGUCCAUUAGGGGGACACACAGAUAGAGUACACCUCUCUGCCGCUGCUAACCUUGCUCAAGCGCGACGAGAAGCAAGGGAGUUUGGUGAGGAGCGGCGUAGAGAAAUCAAGAGGAGUGUACGGGAGCAUCGUGAAAGGUGUGAGAGGAUGAACGAAAGGCACUCACGGCCGCGCGACAGGGAUUAUUAGCAGGAAGCUUAGCAAAUCUUUUGUACAUUGUAAAUUCUAGUGGGUCUGCGGCUUUGCAUGCUCGUGUUAUCACUAAUUAAGCACUAUCGUGACUUCCAGCGGGCCUUUAUCGAGAGCAAUGUCCACGCUCUCUCUUUAUCUCUUUGACACUUGUUGUGUGGAGACGCAGCUGGCAUGGCGUGGCGUGGUUUCGGGAAGAUUUUGAGGUCCCAGCACACUGUUUAUGUUACAGUGAUCUAGGACAAGCCAAUGGCCGAUUGCGCUCAAAGCGAUUAAGUCAUCCGAAAACAUAUGUACUGCCAGUGAG